GCCGGUUUGUUUGUUUCGGUGUACCUUUUGGCACAAGUCUCCAUCGACUUCUGCGGGUUUGGAGAGAGCUGCAACAAUGUCCGGCUGUGACUCCGGAAUCGCUCUGUGGACUCCAAGACAUCAGCAUGGAGUGUGAGUCUGGAUGGUCACAGUGGCAGCAUGACAUCAUGGAAAUGCAAAGCCCGACUCUUUCUCCUAGUGCUCCUGAGCACGAUCGACCUGUCAUACGGGAACUGUAUGGAAUACUUCAAUGUGGAUAAAUGGACAGGAAACAUAACCCAGGUCAUCACCCUCGUUGAGCCAGAGGAUCACCAGGACACAGUGGAGUGUUCUUUGGAGAGAGCAGCUAGAGAAAACAAAACAAGUGCGAGGUCAUAUGAGUCCAUACUUUACGACUGCUUCAGGAUUGUGAGUAAACAGGGAAAACCAGUAAACCUAUACACUGAAAAGUGUAAAGGGAACACUUCUGGGACAAUGCCUUUCUAUCAGUUCAUGUGCCUGACGCUUGCAGCCAUCAAACACAAAUACCCAGACGUAGAGAUCGAAGCUGAACAAUGCGAAUACGAUACUACAUGCAAGUUCCUUUCAGGAGGACCAUCUACAGCAACACCAAGAACACUGCCAGAAAGAACAGUGGUGACACCCAUGAAGACAACAACAGAACUACCACCAACAACAAAUCUCACACAGAGCAAUGGGUUAAAUCAAUCAACAACACUGCCAUUAGCACAACCAGAAAGAACAACAUCAGCAGUAGCACCAAAAGUGACACAACCAUCAUCAUCACCACCAACAACAGCAACGACAACAACAGAACUACCACCAACAACAAUAAACUUCACACACAUCACUGGGUUAAAUCAAUCAACAACACUGCCAUUAGCACAACCAGAAAGAACAACAUCAGCAGUACCACCAAAAGUGACACAACCAUCAUCAUCACCACCAACAACAGCAACGACAACAACAGAACUACCACCAACAACAAUAAACUUCACACACAUCACUGCACAACCAGAAAGAACAACAUCAGCAGUACCACCAAAAGUGACACAACCAUCAUCAUCACCACCAACAACAGCAACGACAACAACAGAACUACCACAAAUUACAAUAAACUCCACACAGAGCAAUGCAGAAAAAACAUUUUCCAAUGAAAAAGAAAACUUAGCCCUGAAGAUAUUUUCAGUGAUAUCCGCAAGCCUCAAUGUGGCCGCACUCAUGGUGUUUCUUUAUCAACGCGGGAGCAACCCGAGGUUGAGUCACGAGUCAGUUGCAACCUAUGUGACGGAUCGGGCCUCAUUAGAAGCUCAGCUGGUGACAGAGUUGAAGCCCACUGAGCUGGAUCCCAUCUCCUCAUAUUCACCACUCACACCGAAUGGCUUUCAUGUUGGAAAUGAAGAGUAGGGGUUUCUGGCACAACUUAACCUACCCCAAAGGUGCAUGGAAGAGAAAAUGAAAUCAUGCGCCGAGGACUCAGAACGCUGCCUCUGUAUAUUCUUCAUACAACAACAAGCUAUUGAAUAUGUGAAAGCUUCAGGGUGCAAGGAGGAUGAGCUCUACACUGGCUGGCAACAGGACAGGGGACCUGCACGGCUGUGGUUCGCAGUAAUGUGGUGCCAUCAUUCAGGAGGAUAAACUCUCAAAUGAAGCUUCACUUCAGAUGUGAAGAGGAGUGAGAGAGAUCAAGCUGCAACAUGCCACUUCAUCCCGUGUUGCAUUCUCAUCUCAUCAGGAUGAGUAUUGCAUUACCCCUGCACGUCAAAAAGAAAUUGAGUGCAACGUCAGAUGACUAGGGGCUACUUGGUAUUUGUUUCAGUCCCAUGCUUGUUUUCACCAAUCCAACAGAGUUGCUCAGACAGAAAUGCUAGUUCAGGGAUUAUUUAAGAGGGUUUCCUUCUUUUCUUCUUUUAUUGUUCGUUUAUGCACAACACAUGAAACAAUUAUGCUGUGAUAUAAUUGUUGGAUAUAUAGAUCAGGACACGCGAGACCUGCCUGUUGUUGGGAUGUAGAGAACAUCCCAUACUUCUCAACAUGGAGAGAAUCUGUACAGUUGCAUGCAGUUACUGUGUUACAACUCUUAUACGGCAUGAUAUACGAGCUAUGAAUAACAAACACAUUACAGCCUGAGCGUCCAAAAUGUCUGUGCAGUCACUCACUUUUUCUGGGAUUCAACCGUCCACAUUCACAAGCAUAUGUAUGCAUGUAAAGUAAGCUGCAUGAGGAAAGCAGGAAAUGCCCAAGGCCUCUAUUGCUUCAUAAAUCACAGCCAUUUUUAAUUUUCUCUUUAAUGAGCCAUACACAUACCUUUGAAUGGUGGUGAAAAAAAUGCUUAAUGUAUUACUCUGGGUUUCCUGUCUGUAAUAGCACUGGUGUCCAUUGGGAACUCAGUUUUUGGUUGUGUUUAUUUUUUGUUGUUGACAUGCUAGUCAUGCACCUAACAAAAAAAAGAUUUUGAGAUGCAUCUGUGGCUGAGUUUUAGAGACAUGUUAUUAUAUUUUUUUUUAUGUAUUAGCCUUAGGGAGUGAGCUAGCCUGCUAUGAUAAGAUACUCUGCAGUAUUAGAAUGUUAAAAGGGACAAAUCAGUUCAACAUCAUAACCAGUUUUUCAGUAGCUGAGAAACAUAAUGAAAGUUGAUGUGAAAUGGUAUUUAAUAGUUAUCCUGGAAGGGUUCUCAUUAAUACAAGCAUCGUAAAGGGAAGGUUGUAUUGUAAAUAGAGCAUCAACCAUAAUGUUCUUAUAUUUCGUAGACAUGUUUUAAAUUACUCUCAAAUAUACCCAAUCUAACACACAAUAACUUUUGUAUGACUUCCACAUGUAUUACAACAUUCUAAAGACCUGUUUCAACCGUCCAAAUACAUUAUAUAAUACCAUGAUAAUAACAUUUAAAGGUCCAGUCUGUCAGCUUCAGGGUAAAACAUUGGCACAAAGGGAAUAUGAUAUUCAUACUUAUGUUUUUAUUAGUGCAUAAUUAAUGAAAUUAAAGGUUGCUCAGUUUUCAUUACGCUUGAAGGAGAUCUGUAACAUCACCCAUAGAUGCAACUUUAUCCUACACACCUUUAAUAAUCCUAAAAAUACUGCAUUUUAUUUUGUGUUACAUCCCAUUUGCUAAUCAUUAUUUUCGAUAUAAUGUGGGAUCACAGACUUGCCCUGCUUGUCAUGGGCUCUUUACGGUGUUUAAGUGCAUUUUAUCCAGGUUUAACCAUAAACAAGUGUGAUGCCCUGCUUUUAUAUAUUUUUUUUAUCAUUUGGUUUAUUUAUGGUGUUUUUAACUAAAAAGGAUUGUUAUAGCGUGUCUCACUGUCUGUGUAUAGAAAGAUUGUUUUACACACAUAACUAGGAUGAAUGUACUUGUGCAUACUGCUUAGUUGUGGAUAAGAUAAUGACUGAAGUGUCAGAGCUGCCCUGGUGGCAGCACUAUUCUCAUUGGCUGACAUUAAUCUCAAUGGUUGGAUCCUGUACUUAAGAAUUAAGGUUGUAAAUUACCAAUAGAAUCACAAAAUUUCCAACAUCGCUUAAUUUAAAAUUGGCCAGUUACCUAGCUUCCACUCUCUGGUCGAUCCACUGAAGUUUUACUGUGUUAACUGUUAACGUGUGUAGUAAUUGUUCCAUGUGACCGAUUGUGCAUAUCAGGAGUUACUGCAUAUGCUCACAUGAAAGACAAAAUGUUUUCCUGCACCGAUCAGGCAUAACAUUAUGACCACCUGCCUAAUAUUGUGCAUGUCCCCCUUUUGCUGCCAAAAAAAGCCCUGACCCAUUGAGGCAUGGACUCCACUAGAC